AUGCGUUCGACUUUGUUGCUUGCGGCUUUGGCCGCUGGUUGUGUUAGCGCCUAUGAGAAGCGUGUCUAUGUUACCGACUGGACCACCGUCACGGUCACCGAGACCAUCACUGCGCCCACCGUUACCGAGACCGUUCCAGCUGUUGAGAAGGUGCCCGUGAUCAUUGAGACCUCGACCUAUGUGCCUACUGUUGAAACCUCUGUGUCUACCGUUGAAGUCAACACCGACCUGUAUAAGAAAUCUACCGUUGUUCCCGAGUCUACCACCUCUGCGAUUGUUGCUCCCCAGCCUGAAGCCACUGAGACUGCUUCGACUUCCUACUACUCUACCGCAUGGACUUCGACUGUCACGCCCGCCGCCCUUUCUACUACUUUGGCUACCUCUACCUCUACCUCCAGCGCCUCUACUGCUACCGCAUCGGCCACCAAUGCCUACCAGCAGCAGGUGCUCUACAACCACAACAUUCACCGCAGCAACCACUCCGUCUCCUCGCUUGAAUGGUCUGCCGAUCUUGAAUCUAGCGCCCAGACCCUUGCUGCUCGCUGUAACUACGAGCACGAUACAUCCAUCGAUGGUGGCGGCUACGGCCAGAACAUCGGUUACGGCGUUGAGGCUAGUGACGUGGGUGUGAUGAUCACUAACCUGAUGUACAACGAUGAGAUCGAAUUCUUCCCCACUCCUUACGGCGAAUCCGACCCCAGCAUGACAGACUUUGACAAGUGGGGUCACUUCAGUCAGAUUGUGUGGAAGGCUACUACCCACGUUGGCUGUGCCACUGUGGUCUGCGACCCCUUGGGCAAUGUCGACUCGUCCGAAGCCCUGCCCUUCACUGUUUGCAACUACUCCCCCGUGGGUAAUGUUGGUGGUGAAUAUGGCGAGAACGUGCUGAAGCCUGAUGGCGGUUCUACCUACGUUGCCUGA